AUGGAGCAUUCUACGCAGAACCCGUCGUUUGUGCUUCGCGCACGUCAAGAGGUCGCCAUCGAGGAUCGCCCAAGGCCUGUCCUGGAAGAUCCAUACGAUGUGCUUGUUCAGGUCGCGCAGACUGGUAUUUGUGGCAGCGAUGUUCACUACUGGCAGCGCGGCCGAAUCGGUGAGUACGUCGUCACAGGGCCGAUGGUCCUGGGCCACGAGUCCUCCGGAGUCGUGGUCGCCACGGGAUCCAAGGUCACAUCAUUUAAGCCCGGCGCCCGCGUCGCCAUGGAGCCCGGGGUCCCCUGCCGCCGCUGUGAGUACUGCCGCAAGGGCUCAUACCAUCUCUGUGGGAGCAUGGUCUUCGCGGCCACCCCGCCGUGGAACGGCACGCUGGCCAAGUACUAUGUCAACGCGGCGGAUUUCUGCUACCGUCUCCCGGACACCAUGACGCUGGAAGAAGGCGCGAUGGUAGAGCCGGUGGCGGUCGCGUGUGCCAUUGGUAAGACAGCGGAUCUGCGCGCGGGGCAGACCGUGCUCGUCCUCGGUUGUGGGCCGAUCGGGGUGUUGUGCCAGGCUGUGGCGCGGGCGUGGGGCGCCAGGCUGGUCGUCGGGGUCGACGUCGUGCAACGCCGCUUGGAGAUGGCGCGGAGCUACCACGCUGACGGCACGUUCUUGCCACCUCCGGCCGAGGCCGGGGUGAAUCCCAUGGUGCAUGCGGAGGAGGUGGCUGCGGCGGUCAAAGAGCAGUACCUCGGAGAAGGCGAGAACGGGUUUGACGUUGUUUUGGAGUGUUCUGGUGCGGAGCCCUGUAUCCAGAUGGGAAUUUAUGCGGCGAAGAAAGGUGGGAUGUUCGUGCAAGCAGGCAUGGGCAGAGAGAAUGUCGUCUUUCCCAUCACAGUGGUUUGUACGAGGGGUUUGGUGGUCAAGGGGUCGAUUCGGUAUUUGCCGGGAUGCUAUCCGGCUGCCAUAGAUCUCAUUGCAAGCGGACGCGUAGAUGUCCAGCGACUGAUCACGAACCGGUUCAGGUUUGAGGAGGCGGAGCAGGCCUUUGAGCUGGUCAAAGCGGGUAAGGAGGAUGUGUUCAAGGUGAUGAUUGCCGGUGUGGACUCUUGA